CUCCCCGCUACGGCGGGCGGCUCUGCGCGGCUUCCCCGGUGUGGGAGAGCUCUCCCACCCCCGCGGCGUCUACAGAGGCCAACGGGAACCCUAAGCCGGGCCCCGGGUAGAGCCCGGCCCCCACACUCCCGCGCAGACUACCGGUCCCGGCAUGCCCCGCGAGCCGCCGUCCAAUCGCGGCGCGCUUUGUUGAGGGGGUGCGGCAGGCGCCGAGGCCCCGUUUCAAGAUGGCGGAGGACGGUGAGACAGCAGUGAGGCGCCCGCCGGCGAGGCCUCCGCGGCCGCCGGCGGAGGAGAACGACCACGAGCACUGCAGCGACUGCGAGAACGAGGCGGAGCGCGGCUCCCACAGGGGUGGCUUGAGUCCAGCAAAUGACAGCGGAGCCAAAAAGAAGAAAAAGAAACCAAAACGGAAGAAAGAGAAAGGGGGAGACCAGCCCGACCAGGCUCAGGACCAGUUGGCGAAGAUGAACUCUUUACCCGCUGAGAGGAUCCAGGAGAUUCAAAAAGCCAUCGAGCUCUUCUCUGUAGGUCAGGGCCCUGCCAAAACCAUGGAAGAAGCCAGCAAGAGGAGCUACCAGUUCUGGGACACGCAGCCGGUGCCCAAACUAGGAGAAGUGGUCAACACCCAUGGGCCCGUUGAGCCAGACAAAGACAAUAUCCGUCAGGAGCCAUACACUUUGCCUCAGGGCUUCACCUGGGAUGCCCUGGACCUUGGGGACAGAGGCGUGCUGAAGGAGCUGUACACGCUUCUGAACGAGAACUACGUGGAGGACGACGACAACAUGUUCCGCUUCGAUUACUCCCCCGAGUUCCUGCUGUGGGCGCUGCGUCCUCCGGGCUGGUUGCCCCAGUGGCACUGUGGAGUCAGGGUGGUCUCCAGCAAGAAGCUGGUUGGAUUUAUCAGCGCGAUUCCAGCCACUAUCCACAUCUACGACACAGAGAAGAAGAUGGUAGAGAUAAACUUCCUGUGCGUCCACAAAAAGUUGCGAUCGAAACGGGUGGCUCCGGUUCUGAUCCGGGAGAUCACGCGGCGGGUUCAUCUGGAGGGGAUCUUCCAGGCUGUUUACACUGCGGGAGUGGUGCUGCCAAAACCUGUGGGGACUUGCAGGUACUGGCACCGGUCCCUGAACCCUCGGAAGCUCAUCGAGGUCAAAUUUUCCCACCUGAGCAGGAACAUGACUAUGCAACGUACCAUGAAGCUUUACCGGUUGCCCGAGACUCCCAAGACUACUGGCCUGCGGCCCAUGGAGCACAGAGAUAUCUCUGCAGUGCACAAGCUCCUGACCGAGUACCUGAAGCAGUUCCACCUGACGCCCGUCAUGAGCCGAGAGGAGGUGGAGCACUGGUUCUUACCUCAGGAGAACAUCAUUGACACCUUUGUGGUAGAGAGCGCCCCAGGGGAGGUGACGGACUUCCUGAGCUUCUACACGCUGCCCUCCACCAUCAUGAACCACCCGACCCACAAGAGCCUGAAAGCUGCUUACUCCUUCUACAACGUUCACACCAAGACGCCUCUCAUCGACCUCAUGAGCGAUGCUCUCAUCCUCGCCAAGUCGAAAGGAUUUGACGUCUUCAAUGCACUGGAUCUCAUGGAAAACAAAACCUUCCUGGAGAAGCUGAAGUUUGGGAUUGGGGAUGGCAACCUGCAGUAUUACCUGUACAAUUGGAAGUGUCCCAGCAUGGCACCAGAGAAGGUCAGUGCCCUGGGGGGCUGGGGUCCUCCAACACAUGGGAAGGGGUAUUCUACAGCCCCCCAGGAGAUGAGUGUGCUGUCACACACACACACAUGGGUGUCCCCGGGCCAGCAGGACACACAGGAAUGGGUGAAUCCAGUGAUGGCUCCUCUGUACUCUUCCUGCUGUGCCUGCAGAGGGUGUCCCUGGGGAAAAGCACUCGCCACGUGUCCCCCCUGGGCUCAUUUUAUUCUUGGACUGGUGCAGGUUCAGUCCUUAACCUCACACACAUCCACACAGACAACCUCUUCCUGCUGUGGAAGGACAGAGAGGGGACAGGCAGAGGGCUGCAGGGUGACAGAUGGGACACCAGUGUGGGCAGUCGUGGUACAACCUUGACACAGGUAGUCCUGG